GCCCAACUAAAGCAAACAAUGAUCACCAUAAUGGUGACAAAACAUCUAAACCUCUGUUAAUUCUCGCUAAGAAUUUCUGUAGAUGUAUGGCAGAAAUAAAGCCAAGCUGGACUGUAAAAAGUGAAGCUAGUAAUGCUGUUUUUGGAGUUGUUUAAUCCUCCUCGGCUGAUAUCUUGAGCGAUUUACUGUCUUUUGUUGACAUUUGUCAUUUGUCUUUUGUAGCUGCCAACAUGGUUUUGUGUACAGUUUUGUAUAUAUAUAUAUAUAUAUAUAUAUAUAUAUAUAUUUCUCAAAGGCCAUCAGUGUCAGAUGAAUUCACUUCCUGUGUGGUUUUAGCACUAUUUUAAAGCAGUGGUCAUCAUCGUAAAGACCACAGCUUUUUCUCGGUGUGGUAAUUUUUUUGCUUUGGUUUUCAUGUUCAAUGAGGUUUUCAUGUUCAUUUUUACAGCAGCGGCUUACUUAAUAAAUUAUAUCUGCUAUGAAAAUUUGCCAUAUUUAAGAAAUGCUCAGUUUAUAAAAGAAUGUGUGGUAUGGCUGCAUUUUUCCGAGGCAGCAGAUGGCACUGCAGAGGCUUUGAAUCGUUCCUGGUACAAUCAUGGGAAGCCUCACAGCUUCAUCAGGCUUCAUUUCCCCAUGUAAAACGAAAUGAGGAUGCACAAUUUAAGACAUUUGAAGCCACCCGAGUGUCAGAUAACAACCGUUAUAACUCAGUGCCACAAAGGCUCAUACACUAGAGGGAGCUAAAGAUCAUUAUCACACUGAGAUUAAUACACAGUGUACAGUUUAUUACUCUUGUUGAAAUAUGAAAUAUUUUAACAUAAUUGGUUAAUCCAUCAGAUCAAAUUUAGUUUAGUAUGUAGAGUGUCACACAAAACAGUGUGAAAAAUAAUUUAAAUGUCUCAUGUGUGGGACCGUUGGGGGUCACGUGACCAAGAUGGCAGCUUAGCCGAGGAGCUCCGACACUGUGACUCACUUAAAUUAAGAAAACCCUUCUUAACUGCCACCAUUUGUUUUAAAAGUUACAUCAAGGAGAUGUCUAAACCCCGUCUGUGAAACAGUGCGAAAUUUUCACACGCGGACGUAAGACGACCUCUAAAACAACUUCAACAAGUCCUCCGAAGAAUAGCGCUAGCACAGCUAGUGUAACAUCCACAGAGGAGAUUGCAUGGAAGAAAUACUGUCCGAACUCAGAGAAAUGCGGAGUGAAUUUGGAGGAAGACUGGACGGUAUUGAUCAGAGACUAACAAGUAUGACAACUACGCUCACAACACUUGAAAAUAAAUUGACGGAGACGAAACAGGAGGUUGCCGACAACAUUGUCCGCAUUGACCAAGCGGAGUCCCACAUCGCUGCAACCGAGACGGCACAAGAGGCAGUUGACACAGCCUUACAGGCAGCCUUGAAACGAAUCUCCUCUCUUGAAACAAAGACAGAGGAUCUCGAAAACCGAGCAAGGAGAAAAAAACUUGCGCAUUAUUGGUGUACGUGAAGGAGCAGAGGGAAGACAGCCACUAAUUGAUUUUGUUACCGAGAAGCUGCCGACGUGGUUGGGUUUGCCCCCUCAAAAGACUUUUACACUCGAACGAGUACACCGCACGUACCCAUCGUACGCUUUUUGAAAUUCCAGGGCAAGGAAUUUGUCUACCGGGAGACGAGAAAGCACAGGAUCACACACGAGGGGCAAGAAAUAAAGUUUGUACAAGAUCUUGCAGCAGAAACUCUCCGUAUCAGGAAUGGCUUCCAACCUAUCAUUCCAAAGUUUAUUGAGAUCAACGCUUUCCGUGGCUUCAGUUACAACCCGUGUAGGCUCAGGGAAGGGAAGAUUCAUCUAUUCUCUACUCUGCGGGAAGCUGAGAAGUUUUACGCACACCUCCCACGGGCAGAAGAAGCCACCGGUGAGGACUGAAACGCGGAGAGUCUAAAAUGACACUUUAUAGCUUUGUACACGUGAAUAACCGGUUAUGUUUUUCCAAAAAUGUCUCCUUUCUCAGUAAGUAUUUGAUGUAUUUUUAUUCUUAGUCUUAUGUUAAAGUUUGGCAGUUACGUUUUUAUUUUUUGAUCAACAAUGUUUUGUAGCUUACAAGGGUUAAUGUUUACAGUUUAAAGUACAUGGUGUAUGGAUGCAAAUUUGAAUGUGCACGGUAAAGUCAUGUCGAUUAGUUGCUCCUCACUCUUUGAGGAUCAACGUCCCUAUACGCCACUGUAUUCUAAGGGUCUAAGGGUCGGAGGGUCGGGGAUUUGUUCAAAUAAGUUCAAAAUAGUUCUGUAUGUAUGCUGUGUGAAUGUGUGUGUGUGCUUGCACUGCAAACAUGCCUAUUUGUUUCACUUUUCUUUAAUAAUGUUUCCUUUCACAUUAGUAUUUCAAUAUAAGUGUUAAUUAGAUAAUAAAGAGGCUAUAUGGAAAAGAUAAAACUAGGAAGGGACUUUAGCAUUACUAUCACGAGUUGGAUGUCAGGGGAAUACGAAAAUUGGUCAAGUUGAAAAAAGUAUUGAACAGAAUAAAUUGUUUAAAAACAAAUAUAAUUUUUAUACAAGAGUCACAUUUGACAGAAUCAGAUAUUCUAAUGUUAACUAAAAGAUGGCGAGGACUAGUAUUUCAUGCCCCGUAUACCAGUCAUGCUAGAGGGGUAGUAACUUUGAUACAUAAGUCAAUACCAUUCCAAAAAUCUAAAGUCAUAAUGGACCCAGGAGGAAGGUAUAUUAUAGUACAAGGUCCUGUUCUGUCACAAAAAAAUAAACUUUAUCAAUGUAUACGGUCCUAAUGAGGACUCCCCAUCUUUCUUUGAAAAACUUUUUCAUACAAUCUCCAAUUUAGAGGGCCAAUAUAUCUUGGGCGGUGACUUCAACUGCACUCUAAAUCCUAUACUUGAUAGGUCUUCUCAAACUGACAACUCGCACGCUAAAACCAGAAAAAUUCUGAAUUAUUACAUACAUGAUCUAAGAGUACAAGACAUUUAUAGAGUCAAAAAUCCGACCAAUAAACAAUAUUCAUGUUUCUCCAGCAUUCACAAAAGUCACUCACGCAUUGAUUAUUUCCUAACGUCAUUUGAAUUACAGUCACAAGUAGAAGACUGCUGGUAUAAUAGCAUCGUUAUGAGUGACCAUGCACCUGUCUCGUUAAAAAUAAAACUAGGUAAAGGGGAACAAGGUCGAAAAAGAUGGAGAUUCCAAACUUUCUUGUUACAAGAUGCAACUUUCGUUCAAUUUAUAGAGCAAUGCAUAGACAUAUACUUUAAACACAAUGGAGAAGAAACCUCAGCUUGUACUAGAUGGGAAGCUUUCAAAGCCUAUAUUCGAGGGGAGAUUAUAAGCUCAAAACAAAAAGCGCACUCUUGACAUUUUAUCAAUGGAAGAGCAAAUUAAAACUUUAGAAAAUGAAUUCUAUGAUAGUAAAAAUCCUGAAAAACUGCGCGAUUUAACUCUUAUGAGAGCAAAAUAUGAUAAAUUGAUAACAGAUAAAGUGGCAAAACAAUUAAAUUGGACAAAACAAGCGUUUUACGACCAGGGGGGAAAAGCAGGCAAACUAUUGGCCUGGAGGAUAAAAAAAAUAUAAGCUGAUAGACCAAUCUAUAACAUAAAAUCGGAUGAUAAUAAUUUACUUAGCGACCGUCUAGAGAUAAACAAACAAUUUAGAACAUUUUACAAAGAACUAUACAAAUCCGAAGGCAAUCCAAAUGAAGAGGCUCGAAAUACAUUCUUUGAUAAGUUGCAAUUUCAAAAGUUGCCGGAGGAAGACAAACAAAUUCUGGAUAACCCCUUAACAGUUAGCGAAAUUUAUGAAGCAAUAGGGCAUAUGAAUAGCGGCAAAACACCAGGGCCGGAUGGGCUGCCCGUAGAAUUUUAUAAAUUUUUCAAAAACAAGUUGGCCCAGCCACUUCUUGAUAUGUUUAAUGAAUCAUAUCAAAGAGGAACCCUGCCAGACACAUUAAGAUUAGCUACAAUUACCAUAAUUUUAAAACCCAAUAAACCACAAACAGAAUGUUCAUAGGAUGUGACUUGAAAAUACUAUGUAAAAUACUGGCCAGAAGACUUGAAAAAUAUAUCCCAAAAAUAAUAAUUGACGACCAACAAGGUUUUAUUCAAAACAUUUCUUCAAGUAUUUACAACUAAAACAUUUUAUGUCAACUAUAAAUAAAGAUAUUAUGCAUAUCCCAAAUUUAUCUUUAAUAGAAGAAAUUUCUCUCGAACAUCAGGGAAAAAAAGGAUUACUUUCAAAAUAUUAUAAUUUACUUAUGCUCAAUUCUAAGGAAUCCGCAAUUGAUAAAUUAAAUGCUUGGAGAAACGACAUCAAUGAAAAUAUAGAUGAAUUUGAUUGGAAUGAAGCCUGUUUGAGAGCCCAGAAGCAUACAAUUAAUUCAACACAAAUUAGUUCACCCAAAAAUGAUAUUUAUGUCAUUAAUUACUCACCCUCAUGUCGUUCCACACCUGUAAGACCUUUGUUCAUCUUUAGUGCGCGAAUUAAGAUAUUUCUGAUGAAAUCAGAGGGAUCAGUUCAGUGUCUCGGUAUCUGAUCAUCUUUUCUGUCAUUGAGUGUCAUGUGGAGCAACUUAAAAACACAAUUUAUUCAUUUUAAUUAUAAUAAUAAAUAAUUGUAUCUAAUACAAAAUCGUGAGUGGAUAUUGAGAUGAAAGUGAAAUGUAAAAGUUUUCUCAUUUCUAUAAUAAACUCAUGACAUCCUGUUUCUCAUGAUGUUGAAUUGGGGGUAUCUGGGGCACCAAACCUCUGAUGUGUUCAUGUCUUGCUCCAUCACAAGCAGCUCUAUGUUAAUUUGACCUAAUUCCAGCUGUUAUCAUCGAUAUGAUCAGAUUUACUGACUUUAACUGAUGACAAAUACCAGUAACAGAGAAGUUUUGACUGUCCUGGGAAAAAAAAAAAAAAAAAAAAGAUCUUUUGAGCUUAUAAUCAUUCAAAGCUCAACUCAAAGUUAAAGGGGUGUUAAUGUAUUUAUUCAAUCUUGGGGAACACAAAACCUACAUAAAUACUGAGUAAAUGGCUAUAUACAUAUCUUAUAUUGUCACUCAAUUACGUUCAUCAUUGGUUCGGUUAUGCCUGUUUAAGGGUGUUUGAGUCUUUUUGACCAGCCACAGAUUCCUUUCAUUGGCUUUUGUAGCUGCAAACAUAAUCAUGGAAAAGAAUUUGGAGAAAAAGAAAAUCUUCUCUGACUACAUUAAUGUGUAAUAAACAUGCAGUUAUAUUGUGAGUCUACAGAGAGCUUCAGUGUGGGAAUGAAAUCUAGAUUUGUCUGUGUCUGAACCAAUGAAACCACUUCCUGUGUAGGUUUAGAAUUGUUUAAAAACAUGACACACAUCCUAAAGACCUCCUCUGUGAACACACACUGAACUGUAAGACUGUAAGUUAGAGCAAAUAAUGGAAUCAGGAACCUUUAGUGUAUGCAGAAAUUAUUAUAACAGAUCAGAACCUCCAACACAGAGACCUCACCGCCAGACUGAAGCAAAAGCUCGAAAGCAAAGAGGAAGUAGGUGUUUGGUGUUGACGACAGUGUGUCUCUGGAUCAUUUGUGUUAUUCUGCUGGUCUUCAUCAUAGCGCAGCACAUCUCCAACACAGCAGAGAGAGAAUCUCUGUUCAAGAGACACCAGAAGGCAGUUGAAGAGUUCAAUCAGACCAUCAACAGCUUACAGCACAAUUACACUGAAAUAAUGACUGAAGACCUGAGGACCAACUUCAACUCUUUGAGUCAGAAGAAACUGGAGCUGGAGACCAGAGUCAAUGAUCUUACGGCUGAGAAAAAACAGUUAGAGGGAAGUGUUGAUGCUUUGACUCAGAAGAAACUGGAGUUAGAAAGCAAAGUCACGUCUUUGAGUGAUGAAGUGAAGAUAAAAGGUUGUAAAGAAGAAUAUCUGUGGAGUCCAUAUGGGUUGUUCACAUCCGAUGAGGAGAAGAGCUGGUCUGACAGCAGGCAGUACUGCAGGGAGCGAGGUGGUGAUCUGGUCAUUAUCAACACUGAAGAGAAGCAGAGACUCAUAUCUUCAUUCAUCAAGGAGAGAGUGUGGAUUGGUUUGUCUGACAUUGAGAACGAGGGCAACAUGAAAUGGGUGGAUAAUUCACCACUGAAACAAGGGUUUUGGGUCAAAGAUGAGCCGAAUAACUUGGCUGGAGAUGAGGACUGUAUUGAACUGAAUCCUGAAAAACCAACCCUGAACAACUGGAAUGAUCUCUCAUAUUCAGACUAGAGGCUGACAUUUUUUCGGGAAUCCCACGGGUCACGGGAUUCCCAUGGGAUUCCUGCAGGAUGGGAGUCAUCUUUGCUAUUAAUCACGGGAUUUGGACGGUACAGGAUAAAUGGUUAACGGGAGCAGACGGGAGCGGGAAUCAACCAAUAGCAAAGACGACAAAAAAAGAAAAAAGUAAAUGCACCAUUUUGUAGUUUCCUUUUAAUACGCCCACAAUGUAACGCAAUUAAAAAAUAACUACACGACCCAGCCGUCCCAGAAGCCAUCAGUGCUUUUUGUCACGGCUUCCCGCCGGAAUUCAAAGAGCAGUGAUGGAGGGAGCUAACAGCCGCGGAGAAGUCGAUGUGGCAAAAAAUGAUUUACAGCGCAAAGUCAGAAGUAAUGACAUGUCUAUUAGUUUCACAGAACUGGUCGUAAAGUCUGAAAUAUUAAUUAAGUUUAUGAGAGUAGAAUGUGACGGUGAUAGCACGAUGUACGCUGCUUGUAAGACAUGCUUAAACUUAAAAGAAAAUCUAGAAACAGGGGCUCAGCAGCUGGUCUAAAACAGGAUGGAGAGCAGAUUAAAUCAAAUUCUAUGUAUUAACUAAACACUAAUUGAAGAAAAAAAUAUAUGGGAGCGGUACAGGAGCGGGAGUCAGUUUAAACAGGAGCGGGAUGGGAGUGGGAGUCAAUUUACCAGGAGCGGGAUGGGAUGGGAUUAUUUUUUAAACUUUGGUCUGGGAGUGGGACGGGACAAGAUUUCUUUCUAUGGGAGUGGGACGGGACAGGAGUGAAAAUCCACUCCCGUGUCAUCCUCUAAUUCAGACACAAGAAAAUGGAUUUAUGAGAGAUAGAUUUAGUCUUUCCAUGCUUUAACUUGUAUUAUCUUACUGAAUCAUUGUUAUUGUGACCAGUUUAGGUUAGUUAGCCCACAGGCUGGGUAAAUUUAUAGGACAGAACACGUUGAGCUAUUUUUUUUUUUUUUCUAUAAUACUUGCUUAUUUUUUACUUCAUACACUUAAAAUAAUGAAUAAUGAAAUAAUGAAAUAAAAUAAAUUUUUAAGUACAUUAAAUUUGGCUAUU